ACUUCCCAAUGCAUUAACUCUACUCAAAACAUUUGUAGGAGCUGGAGUAAAGUCACCUUUGACAACAUUUUCUCUAAGAAAAGGGAAAUCAAUGCCAGGCUUCAGGGUAUUCAACGGGCUCUCUCAAAUCAUCAUUCUAGAUUUCUUGUUGAUCUUGAGAAACAACUGGUUAGAGAAUACCAAAUUAUUUUGAAGAUGGAAGAAGAUUUGUGGUUCAUGAAAUCACGGUCUAAUUGGAUUGUAGAUGGUGACAAGAAUUCAAAAUUCUUUCAUCUCUCUACUAUCAAGCACCGGAACCAUAAUCGCAUCCAUGGUCUUCGUAUCUCUGAUGAGGAAUGGAUCACUGACCCUCAAGGUGUUGCUAACCUAAUUAGGAAUCACUUUAUGCACUUAUUCUCAUUAUCGCUUGACCAUUCCUUUCAUGAUUCCUUUGUCAGUUUGGGUGUGAAUCCGUCUGGUUCCCUUGAUCUUUCUUGUUUAGAGGGUAUCCCAAAUGUCCAGGAGAUUAAAUCUGCUCUCUUUUGUCUUAAAGCAUUUAAAGCUCCUGGCCCUGAUGGUCUUCAUCCUGCUUUCUUUCAAAAAAUGUGGGAGUCAAGGACUGAUUCUUUUACCCCUUCUAGAGGCAUCUGCCAAGGGGAUCCCCUCUCCCCUUAUAUCUUCAUCUUGUGCAUGGAAUAUCUAUCAAUUAAGCUUUCUACUGAUAUGUCUUCUGGUAAAGCUUCUAGGGAAAACUGUCAGUACUUGAAUAAUGUCCUUCAUUUCUUUUGUGAACGCUCUGGUCAGAAAAUCAACAAGGAAAAAUCUAGAAUUUUGUUUUCUAGAAAUGUUGAUUCAAAUACCAGAGACUUGCUUAGUUCCCUCUUGGGAUUUCGCCACACUAAUGAUCUUGGAAAAUAUUUGGGUAUUCCUAUCUCAGCUAAGAAGGCUUCUAAAGACAACUGCAGUUUUAUCUUGGAUAAAAUCCGAGCAAAACUCUCUGGAUGGAAGUCUAAAUUUUUUUCUAUGGCUGGAGAUUGAUCGCAUCUCCAGAAAUUUUAUCUGGGGGGCUAUCUAAUAAAAAUAUCAGGCUAUAUCAAUUACAGAAUAAAGUACAUUGGAUUUUAGUUACCUUUAAGACAAGCUUGUCAUAGCAUUGUUCUACAUUCACUCAAGUUUUUGCACUGCACUCUAUAAAGAGGCAUCCAUAUUCUUGACACCCAACCCUUCCUUUUAGAAAUCCGUUUCACUUUCUUGUGAAAGAUCACUGAUGAUUAAAUCCCAUGCAUAAAAUAACACUCAAGAAUUAUUAUCCAUAACAUCAAAUAGGUCUAUGAGAAAGUUUCAAAUGAACUUGAAAUUCAAUU